AUGCUGUCUUCUCCCCCCGACCGAAGCAGAGGACCUGUGGCCGUCCCCCACUGCAAUCUAUGGGCCGCCCUCGCGAUAUGCUUAUCGCUCCUCAUUCAGAAAGCCUGCUCUCAGGUGGUUGGCUGCGAUGUCCUGGACUGCAACGGUGGGGCCGACAAUGAAUGCACACUCGGCAACACGACGAGUUCAUUCAUCGGAACGACCUCUUUCAACAGCAGUUUGUCGCCCGACAAUGCACCGCUCACCUGGACCGUUGGGGCGUCCUCGUCGAACUCGAACUCGAGCGAUGUCACGUUCAGCAAGAACUUCUACCUGGGCUAUCCCCCGUCAAUGAACCUCACGACGCCGGCCGCAUUUGCAGGCUGUGCAUUGUUCUUCGAAGGAAUCGCGAGGAGCUUGCCGCUCAACGGUGUCACGGAAUAUGGGACAGUGACAUGCGGCCAGACGCUGCAGGAUGUAUGUGUCAAUGAUCUUCUGUCUCAGGCCAGGCAGCAAGUACAGACGCUUGGAUCAAAAAGUAAUGUCGACAACCGCUCUGUGUGCACCGCCCUGCAGACCACCAUGGAAGCCAAUCCUCCGCCGUCGUGUUCAAUAGCAACUGUAACAUGGGGCACUAUCGUCGCCAAAGAGAUCACCGGCCCUCAAUCCUCUGUCGACGCUCCCAUCUCCCAAACGAGCUGCCACCCCACCUCCAGCGUCUCGAGUGGCACGACAUACAACAUCGCCUUGGUUGAAACCCAAACGGUCACUUCAGAAGAAGUCUCUAGUGACAUCGCGCCAUUCUUCUACAGCAUAACGCCAGUUCUGACCAUCUUCUACGAUCCGGCUGCUUCUUCUUCGAACUCUCAAAAGGCCGUGGCCUUGCCAGAGGCACACCUGUCGUGUGUGAAGGUGGUCGAGAACUCGAACUUGGUGCAGCAGGUGGGCAACGGGGCAGGGAGUGUCGGCUCUCCACGGGCUAUGAUGGCGAUGGUGUUGGCCUUGAGCAUAUUAUCCUUGAUAUAA